ACAACGGCACGGCGCCGGGGCGGGGAGGCCGCGGAACGGCGAGGGAAGCCCCCCCUUGAGGGGCGGCCGGGCCGGCCGGCACAGCCCAGCCGGCGAGGCCGGGCCGCGCUGAGGACGGAGAGAGGGAGCUGCCGCCCAGGGAAGGGGCGCGGGCCGGGCAGGCAGGGAGGGAGAAGGCCGGCUACCUGGAUCCGCUUCCUAUGUCUCCGCCGCUCCGCCAUGUUGUCCCCGUCUGCUCCGCCGAUGACGUGAGCGAGCGCGGGAGGGAGCGGGGGGGGGGGCGGCCUCGCGAGAGGCGGCGGGAGCCGGCGGAGGGGCGGGAAGGGCGCGCGCCCUCGACGCCUCGGCAGGCACAGAAGAGAAGAAGGCGGCGGCGAAAGGGUGUCCGCGCUGCAGCGCGCUGUGCCGGCCCGCAGCGGCCCUGCGCUGGAGCUCCGCUGUGUGGGCUGCCCGGCUCAGAGGCAUCGCUGCGGGCCGAGGGGUCGGGUUCCUUUCGGGCUGUCAGCACCCCUGAAGUAGUCUGGUUAAUCAGAAGCUCCCCAGGGGGAGAUGCUGCGUCUCCGGUGCCAGCGCCUCACCCUCACGUCUAAAGUUCAACUCCUAAAUCGGCGUUGGCGCCUCUUGCCGCCCGGUUCCCUCGCAGGCAGCCGGGGCUGCGCGCUGGGGCCUACCCAAGGCGGGAGGCAGUGGUCCGGGCGCAGGAUGGACAAGCUGGGGUGUCCGUCUGCGCUCAGAGGUGUCACUUGGGAUCUGGAGAGCGAACCCAUCCUGCGGGAAUAAAGAACUUUUAAUUCAUCUGAAUUUGAGAAACAUUAACUUGCAUGAGUUCUUCCCAGGACAGCUGGGCAUGCAGCAGCAGAUCGGUGUGCAGCACAGGGAGCAAACUGAUCAUUUCCAGCAGAUCUGUAAGAAAGGACCAAGGGAUGUAAAGUGGGCCAGGGAAUGUGCCCUCCAGUGCAAGGCAUGGAUGGUGAACUUCCUGCCACUAUGGAGCACAGAGCCUAUCAAGGCUGAAUAUUACAUGGGACAGGUUUGUUUGCAGUCAUUGAUACAGCAGGAGAACAAGAGAGAAGCAAGUGGCUGAGUCUCAAGAAAGCCAGUGAAAGUGAAGGUUCAAACGGCUUGUAUUAAAGAUUCAACCAGAAGCCAGUGGUUGCUUUACAGACCGUCUUUCAAUGCAAGUUUACAAACUGCUGGAGUCCCAUGAAUCUCAGACUGAGCAGCACUCCUCUAACAGAGCUAUUCGAACCCUGUAACAGAAAGAACUAUUCAACAUCCUGCUGACCGCACAGCUUUGCUCAGCCUCCAGCAGUAUUUCUGACCAGUAUCGACAAAAAGGGUGGGAAAACAAAGAACUUUUCUUCAGGUAGUCUGUAACCUGAUCUAUAAGGUGACUCAGCCUCUUCGAACAACAGCUGUUUCUGGGACAGGCAGUGGUUAGCGUAUAGUGUUAAAGUCUCUGCUGCCACUUCCUGGUUUCCGCCUGGUGAGUGAUCUAAACUGCGACAUGAUCAGAGCAUUUAAAUGGGCUUCUCAACCCCCCCCAGAAAAGAGAGGCCAGAGAGAGCAGUCUGACAUUGAGAGAGUGCAGAGGAAUAGAGCCAUCGGGAAAGAGCCCACAAACCACUUGUGCAGAGCUGCUGCUAUCAAACUGAUGAAGACAGAAACUCUUGAAAGAAAACUACAUGGAGAGUCCUAUUAGGGAAAGAAGUGAGAUUUUGUUUGCAUGUUGUGGCUCACUUCUCCUGCAAGCCCUGGAAGUACUGAAAAAUGUGAGAGAUCCUUAAAUGUUCCAAUGGAAAAGACAGAUGGCAUGCAUAACUGCCAGGAUAAGCAUGAAGAGGACAUCCCAAAGAGUUCCCCAUUUGACUUUGUUAUAAAACAGUUCCAAAGGAAAAGGUCCUUUCCUGGAAAAAGAAAAGAGCAACCUUCAGCCAUGAAAAAAUUCUUCAGGGGCUUUAACUUUGGGAAAUCUGAAGGCAAGGACAAAAGAGAAAUGGAAGAAACAGAAAUAAACAACUCUGGAGCUGAUGAUCACAGUGAGAAGGAAGAUCUCUCUGCAGAAGAUGGACUUUCGCAUCUCAUUUCUGAAGCAGAGUCACCAUCUGGUGACCAGAUAUUUAACCAGUUCAUGCAGAAACUGGGGAAGAAACCCAACAGCAAGAAUCUGGAUCUAAAUAAUUGUGCAUUAACUGCAGCAGAUGUAACAGAGCUGGCUUCUUUACUGCCAUUUCUCCCAGAGCUGGAAGAGAUCAGUCUGUCCUGGAACAGUUGUGUUGGUGGGACUUUGAAAGCUCUCACUGUUCAUCUUCAUCAUGUAAACCUGUUAAAAGUCCUUCGACUUAACAACUGCAGACUCACAGCUGAGGAUGUCACCUCCCUAGGAGAGGCAUUUGAAAUUGUUUCUCAACUUGAAGAACUGGAUUUAUCAUGGAACAGUAACAUAGGUGGAAAACUAUCACUCCUGACAAAAAAAAUCCAGAAAGGAUGCAAGUUAAAACUUCUGAAAAUUACAGACUGUAACCUGACGGGAAAGGAUGGAGAAUCCCUUGCUGAAAUUCUAAAUGUGAUCCCAAACCUCGAAGUAUUAGAUCUCUCUAUCAACAAACACAUCGGUUGGAGCGUGAAGGUUAUUGCUCAGGCUCUGAAGAAUGUGCCAGGCUUGAAAGAGUUAAACUUGCACAUGUGUGGAUUAAAGCAAGACAGCCUCCAGGGCUUAGAUGCUGCUUUACCACACCUUGCAGAGCUAAGAAAAUUAGACAUAUCAUGUAACAAAGAGAUUGGUGGUGGCUUUAAAGAUUCAACAGCUCAUUUGGCCAGCUUGAAAAAUCUCGAAGUCCUUGAUCUCCACCAGUGCUGUGUAACAGAAGAGGACAUGACCAUUUUGUCCCAGGUGAUACCUUUACUCUCCAGUCUUCAAGAGCUGAAUUUAUCCUCGAAUAAAAAUGUAGGCAUCUCAUCUGGUCCUCUUCUGGGCAGGCUCAGGUUUUUACCGAAGUUGAAAUCUGUGGCCAUCAGCAAUUGUGGGUUAGACGAAGAGUCAUUUUCAUCACUAGCUGAGGCUGCCCUUCACCUUCCUGAACUGGAGAUAUUAGACCUUUCCUGGAAUAAGUGCGUUGGUGGGAACCUAAAGCUGCUUUUGGGAGCACUAAAGCUUGCAAUGGAGAUUCAAGUGUUAAGACUGAGCAGCUGUAACUUGGUGGAUGAAGAUUUGGCACUUCUAACAUUGCUGACGCAGGAUGGUCACCUAGCCAGAUUACAGAAGCUGGAUUUGAGUUAUAAUAACAACAUAUCUGACAAAGGGUGGGUUAUGUUCUGUCAAGGCUUAACAGUAUUCAAAGAACUCGCAGAGCUGGAUGUCAGUCUUCGCCCAUCAUCCUGCCGUGACUGUGGGACGUGGUUCAGUGAGUUGUUAGCAGCAUUGACAAAGCUACCUGCCUUGGCAGAGCUGGGGAUGCAAAGAUGGGUCCUUUCAGAAUCACAGCGGGAACAACUGGAAAGCUUUAAUCAAGACAACAAAAGAAAUAUUCGUUUUGACUGUUGAUGGAGGUUGAAGACCUCCUCUAGAAGGCCUUUCACAAGCAGCACAUGAACCAAGUAUGAUGUGUUUGUGACUUAAAAGACAGCCCAGUUUUUAGUAAUCUCUUUUCAUAAGAACUCUUGAAAUAGUUCCAAAAUUAUAGAAAACUGUUAUUUAACCUUGUGCAUGCAUAGAUUAUUCCAUUUAAUAACAUACUCUCUCAGAUUCUUUGGGCCAUGCUCAAGCUACUAAAUCUUUGUGUUGUGAAUACUGCAGUGACUACUGUCCAAUGAGCAACGAUGAUUUCAGAUGGACACGCUGCAGGUUUGCCAACAGCAGGAAGUGGCUGGGGUGUUUGCUCCUGCAGAUGGGUGGGCAGUGUGAAUGUGGCCUCAUGUAAGUAAAUGUCUGAAAAUACUUGAAA